CUUUCUAUUAAUUUCUGAUUCAGGCACGUAGUUGAACCACAAUGCCAUCUUUCCAUUGGAGCUGUGAGAUAUUCAAAGCUGGUUUGUUCGGAGCCAUCGGUGCAGCCUUGGCUGUUCAUCUCAAUCCGGUCCUUCCCCCGAAACACAUAGAAUCUGUCAAUGCUGCUCAGGUGGUCCCGCCAACCCUACCCUCAAUUGUGACUCCAAUGGAAACGGAUUCAGUAAAAUCACUCGGUCUGCCAUUGCCCGGUCACCUUCGCGUGUUCGACGGAUAUGUUUGUGCUUACGAUCGUCGACUUCGUAUCCCGCAUUGGGUAUUGGAACAUCUGACCCCAGCCAAAUUGUCAGGUCAAUUCUCAUCGGAUGCGGUUGACCGGUAUGAAGUUACUCCAUAAGAAGCAGUUUGACUUUUACGAAGAUCUCAGUGAACUGGAAAUGUUUCGGGUAUCAAACAAGGACUACCUCGGCUCUGGUUAUGAUCGUGGCCACAUGGCGGCCGCUGGCAAUCAUCGCUUCGAACGUUCGGCCAUGUCUCAGACUUUCAUUUUAAGUAACAUUGCUCCACAGGUAGGACAUGGUUUCAAUCGACAUGCGUGGAACGAUUUGGAAAAAUAUGUCCGAUCUAUCGCCCGCAAAGCACACAAUGUGGUGGUCGUCACUGGACCGCUGUUCCUCCCACGUACGGAAGGCGGUAAACGUUGUGUGACCUACGAAGUCAUUGGACCAAACGAUGUUGCCGUUCCUACCCAUUUUUUCAAGGCUGUGGCCAUUCAAGAAACACCUGAUGGUGGCUGGCGUGCCGUUGCCUGGGUGAUGCCGAAUAUGCGACUUCCAGAAAAAGCCAACCUCAAACAGUUUCAGGUCCCCCUAUCCACAGUAGAACGAGCUGCAGGUUUGAAAAUUUUUCCGAACUUGGUGACGUAAUUCCGCCCUGUCGUGGAUCGCCGCAAUCUCUAGUCUCCGCCCAUGGAUAGUUUGAAGAUUUCAAGCCUUUGUUAGUUUUCUUACAGUACGCCCAUCCGUUUCGAAGAAAAACGACUCUCUGGAGGACCUUUUGUUCCUCUAAAUUCGAAGCAAACGUCCGUUCGGACAAUGUACACUGUACCUAGCAAAACUGAGCGCGGAUGCUUGUCAAUAUUUUUUGUUCCUUCCAUAUGUUCCCAACAUUCCGCUAGGAUGUGUUUUCUGUAUAGGAAUCGCAUUCUUUUGCCACCCUGUUCCGUCAAGUGCUUUGAUA